AUGGAAACGCGAAGUAGACUUAUACUUCUCUCACACGUGCUGCUGAUUUUUCUCCUCUGCCCGCUUGCUUACGCCCACUUUGAAGAGGUGCACACCUUAAUUCAAGCGGGACACUAUACGGAAGCCACUAAUAAGCUUGAAGCACUUGCCGAAUCUACCAACGACAUUGCAGUGCAGAGUUGGUGCUACUACCAGAUCGGCGAAAUCUACUAUAACUAUACGCAUCAGUACACCAGAGCGAUCGAGGCAUACGACAAAAUUCUGAAACUUGAGAAAAAUGGGCUUGCUGCCGAGGAGCUCUUCCUCGCCAUUAUCAAAAAAGGUGAUGUCCAUAGCCGUAUGGGCAAUUACCACGAGGCUAUCCAAAUUUACGACAGAUUGAUUAAACUCGCUCCUGCCUCGCAUUUCGUGCAUAAAACUGGCUUGCAGAAGAUACGGGAUAUUAACAGGGCACUCUCUGACCUAAGGGAGCAGCAGCGUAUUGCGAUCCAGUACAAAGGGACACCCCUUGCCGCCAUCGCUCAAUUUCAGAUCGCUGAACUCUAUCGGAAUCAUUCCCAACUCAACCAGCCUGAAAAAGCGAUUGAGGAGUAUGCGUCACUUCUGGAAGCACAUCCUGAUGCGAUUAUGGCACCAGAAGCGAGAUGGCGCAUCGCACAUUUACGGCAUACCGUUCUGAACCAAUCGGCCUUAGCAAUGGCAACGUACAGAAAAGUCACUGAAGAUUACCCGAGCAGCAAUUUCGCUGCGGAUGCACUCUUUCAAAUGGCGAAUAUCCAUCGCACAACCAAGAAGUAUUCAUUAGCAAUCCCCAUCUUUGAGAAACUGAAACAGAGACACCCGAACUUCUGGAAUAUGCAUGCUGUUCUCUAUUGGACAGGCGUUUGCUAUGAACAAACCUUGAACUAUCCGAAAGCAAUAGCGUCUUUUGAAACGUUUCUUCAUGCCUAUCUACCGCAACUCGAUCCGGGGUAUUUAGGACAGAUCUCAAUGCAUGACAAAAGCGUGUCUGAGGUGAAGGCAGAGAUUCGUAGGAAAAUUGAGGAACUCGCAGAACAGAUGGCGGAAGUGGAAUUAGGACGAUUGAACAAAGCGCGUGCAGAUCGAGACUUUUCUGAAGCCUUAAGUAUUGCUCAACAUCUCAUCGCCACGGCACCCCAUACCCCUCAAGCAGAGCAGGCAGCGGAACAACUUCCGACACUUCAGCAACUCACAGCCAUCGAAAACUUGCGUGAGAAACUCCAAGACCAAAACUUGGUCCCUAUAGAGGUGGCACGCGCGCGAUUGCAAAUCGGGAGCAUCUACGAGCGGAAGCCGUUACAGGACCAUCCAAAAGCAAUUGAGGCGUAUCAAGAGGUAUCGAAGCACCACGCCGAUUUGACGCAUUCCGCCGAAGCACUCUACCGCAGCGGACUCAUCUACGCUGAGCAACUUUCCGCACCUAACGAAGCAAUUCAAGCCUACAAAAAGGUAAUUGAAACGCAUCCGAACACCCUGCAAGCGAUGAUGGCAAAUUUUCAGUUGGGCGAGCUCUACAGAAAGCUUCACCGUUACAACGAGGCACUGCAAGCCUACGAAACGACGAUCGGAUACCCAGAACGGGAUCGCUAUCUCGCAGGGGGAUAUAAAGACAGUUUCGCCGAUAGGGCACAGUUUCGGAUCGGACGUGUCCAUUACGAUGACAGACGUUACAAUGAGGCUCGUUUCGCUUUUGAGGAGUUCAUUCAAAACCGGACGCAGUCGCCACGUCUCGCUGCGGCUUACGUCUACCUCGCCACCAUCUGUGAAAAUCAGAGUGAAAAUGCACAAGCCGCCUAUUAUUAUAAAAGGGCGGAAAAUCUACUCCCGGACAAUCCUAUUCAAAUGACGAUGCUCAUCGAAGAAGCGAGUGCCCUUGGAAGCCUGCAAGCCACCGAUUCAGAUGCAGUUAUGCGGUUCCUCAAAGAAAAUCGCAAACGUCUUGAAACCGCAAAGACGGGAUCCAAUCAAUAG